GUAAAUAUUUUUUGUUUAUUUAAAUAAAUGUUGUAGGGGAAAAGAUGAUUUUAGGAGAGAGAGUGGAGAAUAAUUGGUAAAAGAGCAUUAAUUGUAAUAUUUUGGUUGAAUAAACAAAGGAAAAAACAAAAUUCAAGAAACAAAUAAAUGAUGGGACAUGGUUUUUGUAGACAAAUUACGAAAAAAUGUGGAAAUAAAUAUGGAAAUGGGAACUAUAUUUUGGGACACCCAAAAUGGAAAUGGGAACUAUAUUUUGGGACGGAGGGAGUAGUUUUUAUUUUUAUAUGCACGCGAUGCGUGCGAAAAUACGUAGAAAUUUUUUUAGGGAAUGUAGAAAAUUAAAUUAAUUGUUAAUUAUAAUUAAUAAAUUAGGGAUAUCUAAAUUGUUGAUGGUUUUCUUUUUGUAAUGUCUUUUUUUAUUUUUUAAAUUAAUUAGGUAGUUUCCUUUUUUAUUUUUAAAUUUUUUAUUUUUAAAUUAAAGUAAGCAGUUAGGAUAGAGUUGUAAUAAGGGUAAAAUGAAGUUUCUAAUAUUUUGGUGUCUUAACUCUUACCCCUCUUUCAAUACUACCUCUGUUUUUAUUUAGUUGCAACAUUUUGACUUUCACGCUUGCCAAUGUACAAUUUCAAAUCGUUUUAUCUCUAAUUGUAUGUAAGUAAAAAUUAUAAAAAUUUGAUAUUAUGAAAGCUUACAUCGAAACGAAUCAAACAAGACCCCACAUGACUAUAUUUUGUUUAACAUAUAAAUCAAUAAAUGUGGCCAAAUAAGAGAACAUGAAUAGUGCAAUUUGUCAAACGUUGCAACUAAAAAAGAACGGAGGUAGUAUAAAAUAAAAAUUUAUAGAUACCCAUACUUUUUCUUUAAGAAACCUUCUUUUAUUCAAAAAGUGAUGGUCCCACACUUUCUCUCUCUACUUUUAUUAAAAACUUUCCAUUUUUCUAUGUAGCAUUUAUAAAAAUGGAAUACUCUAAUUAAAGAAAAAGUGAAAUAAAUACGGGGUAUUAGCUGGAACAGGGUAUGAUUAAACAACUUGGACUGAAGCUCUGAAGAUGAUUAGACGUCUCAUUUCUCAAUAGUCAUCGUUUUAAUUGAUGUACUUUAAAUGAACCUGCAUGAACUCCUUUCUAACAAAGUCCCAAAUUUCACUCCUUUUUUCAAAACUUGUGAGCACCAGAACGCCCAUUGAAGAGAUCAACAAAAUGGGCAGAAAAGCCCGAGCAACAAAGCAGACACCAGCUCUCAAAUCUCUGUCUGAACUGCAAAUAAGUGCUGCUAGAGGCAUUUUUGUUAACACAAAGUCUGACCCUCAUCUUGCUGACUCCUCACAUCCUGUUAAGAAAAAAAGGAGAAUUCCAACUGCCAUGAUUAGAAGAUCUGCACGGAUCCAGAACACUGUCGACAACCAAGAAUCAGAACCUGUUAUUGAAGAGAUUAUGAUCUGUGGAAGUCAGAAAGAUGACGAUGGACCACUGCGACAUGAAGAGAAUAAAACCACUGAGCAGUCUUCUGAUGAAAUUGAAGGAUCUUCUAAGAAGGAUAAUCGUGGUGCAGCAGAUGUUCGGUACAAAACCAUGUACACGUGUUACAAAACUAAGAUUGAGGAUUUACUAGAGGAGAAUAAGAAAUUGAGUAAAGCCUUGGAGCUUGCUAAUGGAAAGAUCUAUGUGUAUGAGAGGCAAAGCAAUAUGUUUUCAGAAGUUAUGGCUGUAAUCGCAAGUUUAUCUAGAGUAAAUGAAAAUCUUUCGGCUCCAAAGCAUGGCCCUCCUGACAAUGACAAUGAGGAAUUUGAAGGACUUAACUAGAAGAAGAAGAAGAAGAGUGGGUAAGUUAGAUUUGGAAAAUAUUCAGCUAAAGAAUGUAAUGACAACUGAUCUCCAUAUUUUGCUCUGUGACAUUUGGCCUUUGUAAAUUGAUAUUGUAUCUCCUGUGGUUUUAUGGUGCAUUGGAUAUUUGAUCCUUCACUAGUUAUUA